CAAAGGCUACUCUAUACUUCGACAGAUCAAUAACCAAAGAACGAGGCCCCCUCAGUCUUAAUAAAGCCUUAAAAGCGAUUCACUUUAUAAUGGACAAUUCAUCUCUCUCUCACCCUCCCCAAGAACCCACCACCACCACCACCAAAUUAUCAUCCAAUGAAAAAAGCACCGAUAACAAUACCACCGCAACCACCCCCACUACCGCCACAACAAGUGACACAAACAGUAACAACAACAGCAGUGGCAAUAGCAGGAAGUGCAAGGGCAAAGGAGGACCAGACAACGGUAAAUUUAGAUACAGAGGAGUUAGGCAAAGAAGCUGGGGCAAAUGGGUAGCAGAGAUCCGUGAGCCAAGAAAACGAACCCGUAAGUGGCUUGGAACUUUCGCCACCGCAGAGGACGCAGCACGAGCCUAUGAUCGAGCAGCCUUCAUCCUUUAUGGCUCCAGGGCUCAUCUCAAUUUGCAACCCUCAGGUUCCUCUUCCUCUGCUCAGUCCGGAUCAACUUCUCGCAACUCUACCUCUUCCUCGAGCCAGACUCUUCGUCCUUUGCUCCCUCGUCCCCCUGGGUUUGGUUGUGGCUUUGGUUUCACUUUCUCUCUCUCAAAUCCAAUGGCUUCUCCGUCUGUCACGGCAGCUUCAUCGGGAUUUACUCCAUACGGGGUUAAUUGUUAUUCGAAUAAUGUUGUUGGGUCGGCCUUACAAUGUUCUAGUACUAAUGAAAUGCCAGGGCAAAAUCACCAGCAAGUUAUGUUACAAGGCUAUCUCAUUCAACAUGGGGCUAAUACAACCAACCCCAAUAAUAUAUUUGUUAGUUCUAGUGUAGAUCCAUCAACAACAACCUCGUAUCAAAAUCAUUGUCAUCGUCUGCCGCAGCAUCAUGCGUACGAUGAUGUUAAUGCGUUGGGGGGUUCCGUCGGGUCGAGUUUCUCUCUGUCUGGCAGCAAUACUCCUCCUGUUGUUGCACCAGCGGGUCAUCUUCUGCAGGAUCCGGUAAUGCAUAUUGGACCUGGAUCUCCAUCUGCGUGGAAUGAUGAGGAGUACCCACCGCCUAGUAUUUGGGACGAUGAGGACCCUUUCUUGUUUGAUUUUUGA